AUGGAAGACACAACAUCGAUCCUGCCUCGACUCAAGAGGAACUCAAACGCCUACGGCAUCGGAGCUUUGGCUAAGUCUUCUCUGUCAGGUGUGUCAGGAGUGUCCCGUACCAUGAAGGAGAGAGUGACCAAGCCCACAGCCAUGGCUCAGGGUCGUGUCGCCCACAUGAUUGAAUGGCAAAACUGGGGCAUGCAGACAGUGGGUGCAGGGGGCGUCCUACAGCCCCGCAUCACCACCCAGGAGCGGGAAGAGGAGCGGCGGCUGGAGAACGACGCUUACAGUGACCUCAGUGAUGGAGAGAAAGAGGCCCGUUUUGCGGCAGGUAUCUUGCAACAGUUUGCGAUCUCGGAGGCAACGCUCAUGGCCUGGACAUCGAUGGACGGAGAGAGCCCACGGUCGGGUUCAAACCAGGGCAGUGUGGCUCAUCUGAGCGAGGUCAACCAGGAGAGCAUCACCAGUCGAGAUCAAAUGUUGCAUCACUCCUCAGCAGAGGUGUGGCCUCAUACAUAUGUCUCCCAGGGACACUACUGCCUCUCCUCCUCUGAUGCCUGGGAGCCGAUCAACAAUGAUCCCUCCGGUGUAGCAUCUCCCCCUGCUGGCUCCUACGUUAUGGGGACUGAUGGGUAUGAUGGGCAGGCAGCAGCGCACUUCCUGUCGCAGCAACAGCAGCAGCAGUUCAGUCUCCAGCAGCAGAAUCAACUUCAACAGCUGCAGCAGAUCCAACAGAUCCAGCACUACCAGCAACAGCAGCUCCUGCAGUAUCAGCAACAGCAGUCGCUGGAGCACAGGCUGCACAGUGCCAACCACUCUUUGCAAGCAACACCCAACAGCACCAUCCACAGUUUGGUCCAUCAGGUUCACCCACCGCUGGUUGAUUUAUGGAACACCGGGCAGAUGGAGGCCUUUCAGACAGAGGCAGGAGGCUUCAUGGGUGUGGCAGCAGUAGUGGAGCCGAGUCUCUGCGUUCCCUCUGGAGACGAGAUGAUAGGAACAGAACACUCUCCGCUACUAGAGCAACAGGAGGACGAGGAGGUCAAGGAGGAAGAGGUGACACUCUGCUUGGAGCCAGAGACGGCCACGUUGACUCCGCCCACGCAGCAAGGGUAUGCCUCCGGUGGCAGUAGUCCAGGGCAACCGCCGUCAGAGCCAAUCACAGAGCGGAAGGGCUCCGAUGUCACCUCUGGCCUCGUUCAGAUGCUAGAAGAGAGGGAAGAGGAGGAGGAGGGGCUGGCCGCUUCCAUGGCAACCAACUGAGUUCCUGGCUGUCAAGAGACUCCUUAUAACAAACUGACCAGGGAGUCAGCGAGGAAUGAACGUAAUAAUACAAUAUAUAUCUAUUAAUCUGUUCCUUUUCAGGUAUCAAGAACACAGUUUUUUUGGUUGUGAGAUGAAAUGGUGAGAAACAGAUUUGAAAGUGGGACUCACAAUGAGAGAAGAGCUGAUGCAACAAAGGACACCUAUUUCUUUGUAAGCCUUACAUCCCAAAGGUAAAUGAAGAGAAGAGAGUGGUGGAGGAAGAGGAAGAGGAGCGCCAACUGACCAUGACAUUUCCGUCAGGGAAAUUAAACCACUUUGAGAUCAAGCAGGGGGAAAGGAAACAUGCAUGCUUUUUAUGAAGACAAGCAACUCGACCCUGUCAUCAUCUUAUAAUGGGAAAGAAAAUCUAACAUAAUAAAACAUUCUAAGAAUAAUUUUGUAAUAAAGAAAAAAACUAAACAAACAACAAAACAAAACUCUAUGUAUUAGUGUAUUAUAAUAUAUAAUAGUUUUCCUUCAGGAGAACUACUCUGUUUACAGCUGUUACUCAACAUAUUAGUGUUUAAUCAGAAUUUCCCUGUUACAUCAAACACACACAGUAUACUUUCAUAGUCUGAACAAUAGCAACCCAAAAAACUUCACAAAUGAUCAAAGUAAG